AUGGAGAUGACCGAUAAUACUGCGGACAGACCGGCAGAGGUAAUUCAUCCUCGACCGGCAACUCACCCUGCACUGGUCGCCUCCGCACCCGGCACCUACUCAACACUGAAUGACCAGCGAACAGUUUUGGAUGCAUGUGGUGUCUCUAUGAUCGGCCACGGCGAUGAGACUGUCAAGUUUGCUAUACAAGAACAGCUACAAAAAGUUGCCUACGCUCAUCCCUUCAUGCACACAACGUCUCCCCCCCAAGACUUGGCAUCCUUCCUAUGUCAGGGAAUCCCUUCUCUGGAGCCAUUUAAAGUAUACUUCUCGAGUUCAGAAAGCGAGGCUGUUGACUCUGCCAUGAAGCUCGUGGUGGCAUUCCAUCGCGCCAACAAUAAUCCUCGGCGUACGCACUUCGUGUCGAGACAAAGAUCGUAUCACGGAAACACUCUUGGUUCGAUGUGCCUGGGCGACUUCCCGCGUCGCAAACAGCCUUAUGAUGAAGCUUUUAACAGGCUAGAUGUCAGCUUUGUCAGCCCUGCGUAUGCCUAUCGUCAGCAGGGGAGUGACGAGAGCGAGGUACAGUAUUCUAACAGAUUGAUCAACGAAAUUGAAGCAGAGUUUUGCAGAAUUGGGUCACAGAAUGUCGCAGCCUUUGUUGCAGAAACAGUGGGGGGUUCGACUGCCGGAUGCAUCACGGCCCCUGAGGGCUACUUUGAGGGCGUGCGCCGUGUUUGUAACAAAUAUGGAGUGCUUCUUCUCCUCGACGAGAUCAUGUGCGGGAACGGCCGCACGGGUACCUACUUUGCGUUCGAGUCCGAGGGUGACUUCGUUCCCGAUAUUGUUGUUUUGGGCAAGGGACUCUCUGGCGGCGCGGGAGGCUUCAUCCAUGGGCACACCUACCAAGCACACCCUGUCAGCUGCGCCGCCGCUCUUGCUGUGCAGCGUGUCAUACGAAGCACCGGCUGUCUGGCUCACUGCAAAAGGUUAGGCGACAGAAUGGGCUCAAAGUUGCGCUCGUUGUUCACAGAUCUCGAGUUUGUGGGAGACAUUCGGGGCCGUGGCCUCUUCUGGGCUAUCGAGUUCGUCGCGAACAAGCGGUUGAAGAUGCCUUUGGCCGAGGACUUUGCAUUUGGAUCAAAGCUAAGACAGUUUGCGCAGGAGAGUGGUGUGGCUAUACUGUCUGGAAGUGGCACCGCGGACGGUCACGCGGGUGAUCACAUAAUGUUUGCUCCACCACUGACAAUCGAGCAAGCAGAAUUGGACUGGAUGAUUGAUAUCACAAGAGAGGCAUAUCUGAGGACCGAAAAGGCGUAUAAAGCACAAAGAUAUUCAGGAGACGCCCAAUAG